GUGAAAGUAAGUCAGAGUCACAGCUGAGCUGCGGGACAGGAGACUCUGUUUCUCUCUGAAGACAAACUCAGGGCACUGGAUGUAGAGAUGUCCACUGCCAGCUGUCUGCUGACUGAAGACCAGUUCCUGUGCUCCAUCUGUCUGGAUGUCUUCACUGAUCCAGUCACCACACCAUGUGGACACAACUUCUGUCAAAACUGCAUCACUAAACACUGGGAUAGUAAUGUCUCCUGUCAGUGUCCCAACUGUAAAGAGAUUUUCUCCACCAGACCACACUUGAAGAUCAACACCUUCAUCUCUGAGAUGGCUGCGCAGUUCAGACAGUCAGCUCAGCAGAAAUCCAGCAGCAGCUCUGAGCAACCUGCUUCCAAACCAGGAGAAGUUCCCUGUGACGUCUGCACUGGAACCAAACUGAAGGCCUCCAAGUCCUGCAUGGUGUGUCUGCUUUCUUACUGUGAGACUCACCUGGAGCCUCAUCUGACCCUGUCACGUCUGAAGAAACAUCAGCUGAUCGACCCUGUGGAGAACCUGGAUGGAAGGAUGUGCGAGAUUCACGACAAACUGCUGGAGCUGUUCUGUAAGAACGACCAGAUGUGUGUCUGCAUGCUGUGCACCGUUUUAGAACACAAGAGUCAUGAUGUUGUUUCUCUGAAAGUGGAAUAUGAAGAAAAGAAGGCUGAGCUGGGGAAGACGGAGACUGAAAUUCAGCAGAUGAUCCAGCAGAGACGACUGAAGAUGGAAGAGCUCAAACGCUCCGUGGAGCUCAGUGAUAAGAACGCAGACAGAGAGAUAGCAGAAGGUGUUCGAGUCUUCACCGCUCUGAAAGAAUCUGUAGAGAGAAGCCAGGCUGAGCUCAUCAACACCAUCAAACAGAAGCAGAGAGAGACGCAGAAACAGGCUGAAGGCUUCAUCAAGGGGCUGGAACAGGAAAUCUCUGCGCUGGAGAAGAGAGGUGCUGAGGUGGAGCAGCUCUCACGCUCUGAAGACCACCUCCAACUCCUCCAGAACUUCACGUCUCUGAGCGCUGCUCCACCCACCAAGAACUGGUCUGAAGUCGGAGUCCAUCCACCUUCAUAUGAGGGGACUGUGGUGAGAGCUGUGAAGCAGCUGGAGGAGACCAUCAGUGAACAGAUGAAGCAGCAGAUCUGUGAGGUGGAGCUGAAGAGAGUCCAGCAGUAUGAGGUGGAUGUGACACUAGAUCCUGAUACAGCACAUCCCAGUCUCAUCCUGUCUGAUGAUGGAAAACAAGUUUACUGUGGUGAUAAGAACAAUGCCCCUGAUACAGCAGCAAGAUUUGAUGAAUGUCCCUGUAUUUUAGCAAAGCAGAGUUUCUCUUCGGGUAGAUUUUACUACGAGGUUCAGGUUAAAGGGAAGACUGACUGGGAUAUAGGAGUGGCCAGAGAGUCGAUCAACAGGAAGGGAGACAUUACACUAAGUCCUAAGAAUGGUUACUGGACGAUGUGGUUGAGGAAUGAGAAUGAGUAUAAAGCUCUUGCUGGCCCAUCAGUCCGUCUCUCUCUGAAGUCUGGUCUUGAGAAGGUGGGGGUGUUUGUGGAUUAUGAGGAGGGUCUGGUCUCCUUUUACGACGCUGAUGCUGCAGCUCUGAUCUACUCCUUUACUGGCUGCUCCUUCACUGAGAAACUCUACCCUUUCUUUAGCCCCUGCAACAACAGUGAUGGUAAAAACACUGCUCCCCUGAUCAUCUCUCCUGUAAACCACACUGAGUAGACAAGUAGACUUUACUUUAAGUCCCUGUGAAGUGAAAUCCAAAGUUCUUGUUUUAACAAACUAGAUAUGUUGGAAUAUGGUUGCUGUAAACAUGUGAAAACUUGGAAAUCUACAUGUAACUGAAUUCUGGAUUUAGACUAUUAGAAAGUUUUUCACCUCUUUUCCUGGCUGAGUUUAAUUUGGGUGGGGCAAAUAUGUGGGCUGAUUCAUGAUUUUAAAGCUUAAUUUUAUAAACUUAGAGAUGUUUUAUUUGACUUAAAUUUGAUUUAGGGUUUCAUAACACAGUGACCUGUCAUACAACAAACCUAAAUUCAGAUUCAUUUUUGCUUUACAGGGUCUUUAAAGCCCAGGUUGCCCUGAAAAAAGGAUGUUAAGCUCAUUAAGACAAUAAGAUCAGGAGAGACAAAAUGGUUCAAAUAUAGCUGAGGGCUCAGAGGGUUCAUUUGUCCUUUUUCCUUUUUUUCCUUUGUCGAAUUUUAUAUUCAGUUUUUAUUUUUAUUUUUUUCUUCUAAUUUUUAUUAAGAACAGAGCCAUAACAUUCCAGAUCACAACUUUGCCACAAGAAUUCCUGUUCCUUUUUUUUUUAAGAAAACAAAACAAACUGAGCCAAAAAGGAUGUAUACAACACAAUAAUAAUAAUAAUAAUAAUAGAUAAAUAAAUAAUCAGAUCCAAGUCCUCAGCCCAUGGCACAUUUUCACAAAUAGCACACCAAAUAAAGAUGUAGAAAAAUAAAUGCAUAAAAAAAUUAAUUAAAUGUUUUUUUAAAUAAAUGUUUGGACAUCAGACAACUAUGUACACCUGAGUAGCUUAAAAAAUAGAAGGGAGAGUGGCAUAAAUUCCAUCGUUUCUGAUCAGUUAAAGUAGGACUCAGUGUGUAGGUAUAUUUAGUCCAAGGUGUCCAACAACACAAACUUCUCUUGAUCCAGUCUAAGCCUGAAAGUGAGUCUCCAUCACGAAAAUAUCAUGGAUCACAUCAAAUCAAUUCUCAACUGUGGGUGCGGCUGUUGACAUCCAUUUUCUUGUGAGAGCUUUUUUACUAGCUAACAUUAAAACAUUAAACAGAUAUUUACUUGAAAAACCCUCAAUAGUCUCAGGACUCAGGCCCAGGUACAGAGUGACAAAAUUAUAAGGAAUCUGCACUUUGAAUGCUUUUUCCAUAAUACUUCUGAUUUAUUCCAGAGGUUCAGAAGCAAAAGGCCAAUGCCAAAAUACAUGACAAUGAUUUGCCUUUUGUUCUCCACUGGACUUCCAACAUGAGGUAUUUUUAUUUAAGAAGUUGUUCUGUGCAGGUGUUUAAAAGAAUCGGGACAUAUUUUUCCAUCCAAACUCUCCCCAUGACAGAGCAGAUGUGCUUUUCCUUUGCUGCUUAUUUAGUCUUUUUCCAUGUUUCUAACUCAAGCUCAAAAUUUCCUUCCUUCUCCCAUUUUUCUUUGAUAUGUAUUCAGUUUUAUUUCACUGUACAGCUCCUCAGUAAGAUGUCACCUCUCAAAACAAAAUUAACCCCUUAAAGCCUGAAAACACAAAUUAUAGCCAGAAAAUUCUCAUUUUUUGGAACUGAAAUGUUUAUUUCACCUUCUACUGAAAUACCAAAAAUUCAAACUUCCAUAACAUUUAACAUAUAUAUUUUGUGUAUCUCAUUUGAUACAUUAGGUGUUUUUGGUAACUGAUAAUUCACUUGAGUGCAUUUUUAUCAUUUUUCAGAUUGUAUUCAGAAUUUUUUUGGUAUUUUAUUGAUCAUAUUGAUUAGAUAGAGGUAUCAUAAAAGUAUGUAUCAAAUGUGAUACGACAGGUUUUAAGGGGUUAACUUAAGUAAUCAAUAUAAUCAGAAGUAGAGUAAAUUCUUACAACUGCAUUAUCUGUCAUCAUGACUUUCAAAUGGGCUGAAAAUAUACCCAGCAGAAUUUUAAUGUAUCUUAACUAAAUUAUCAUUUCUAUUCUGUUGUCAUUGUAAAUAUGGUGUGUGUUUUACAUAAGAAUUAAUGACUGAAUAUCAGUCUGUGAAUAAGGGAAAAAUACUUGGAUUUUCUUU